GGCUGGCCGGCGACUUGCGAGACCGCUGAGUCUUCCUCGCUCUCCAGCUCCGGAACGCGGAUCCUCCUGCUACGCGGCUGGCUUUGGACUGCGGAGUGCCGGAUUGAGAGGGCUCGGUUGCUGAAAAGACCUGGUUGUGUGUAAGGUUUCUAGUUUUCCAGGAAGAACAAUUCCUUGCCUCCCAAGAUGGCGCAGGGGAGUUCUUCCUGCCAUCCUGCUCCUAUCAGUGAAAAAUGCUUUGCAGAUCGGGAAAGUCCUUUGAAUUUGACCAGAACAGCAUUUAAGCACAGAAGGAAAACAGACACACAACAACACACAGCAAGGAAAGGAGAAGGAAAAGACCCUAGGGUUGAACUGAACAAGACCUCUGGGAAAUUCAUGGGAAAAAACAAUCAAUGCAUCCUGGAAGGGGAACCUUCCAAUGGGGUUCUACAAACUUACUUUUUCAAGGAAUUCUGCUACCAAGAGACUGAUGGGCCUCGGGAACUUUGCAGCAGACUCCACCAUAUUUACUGUCAGUGGCUAAAGUUAGAAAAGCACACAAAGGCUCAGAUAUUGGAUCUUCUGGUCCUAGAGCAGUUCCUGGCUGUCCUUCCUCCAGAGAUGACCAGCUGGGUCUGGGAAUGUGGAGCAGAAACCUGUUCCCAGGCAGUGGCCCUGGCUGAAGGCUUUCUUCUGAGCCAAGCAGAGAGGAAGAAGUUGAAGGAGCCGGUUUUUGGUGGGAUCUCCCAGGAGAAACCAAUUCUGGACCCAUCUUCAGAAAAUGGUACAACAGUGAUGCUACCUGUGGAAUCUUCUCUUUUUUGUGGUGGCACAGAAACAGUGGUUGUACUUCCAACUCAGGAACCCAUAACCUUUGAAGAUGUAGCUGUUUUUUUCUCCAACGGAGAGUGGGCCAUGUUGAAUUUUGAUGAAAAAUCUCUUUACAAGGAGGUGAUGCUGGAAAAUGCAAGUAAUGUUGUCUCCUUAGGUAAGGAAUUCUCUUUCCUCUGGGCUCACGUAGCAUUGGAACACAUUAUCUACUCAAAAGUAACCAGCUGAUGUAUUUAUUAAAAGAAAUACCCAUCUGAUAUUUUUCUCUCUA